AUGGCUACAAUUAUCACGUUUCACGAUAAAAUUUGUCGUUCUCCAAAAACUGAACUUCAUGUCCACAUCGAAGGGGCACUUACACCUGAGCUGAUGUUUCAUUUAGCCAAACGUAAUAACGUUAAACUCCCUUAUAAUUCCGCUGAUGAAUUACGUACCGCUUAUUCAUUUACUAAUUUACAAUCGUUUCUUGAUAUUUGUGCCGUUGGUGUUAGUGUAUUAAUCACAUGUCAAGAUUUUUAUGACGUAACAAUGGAUUACAUACAACAUGCAGUCAGUGAUAACAUUGUUCAUUCAGAAGUAUUUUUCGACCCACAACUGCAUACCCAUCGUGCUGAAGAAAAAUAUAAUUUUUCAAGUAAACUAAUCAUGUGUUUUUUACGUCAUUUGGAUGAACAAGAUGCAUUAGACACGUUCAUUCGUGCCCUACCAUUAUUUGACCAAUAUAAACAUCGAUUAAUUGGUAUUGGUUUGGAUCCAACCGAACAAAAUCAUCCACCCGAAGAAUUUCAACGUUUAUUUGUAAGAGCACGUGAACACCACUUACGAGUUGUUGCACAUGCUGGAGAAGAAGGACCACCGUUGUAUAUUAAACAAGCACUCGACAUACUCAAAGUGGAGCGUAUUGAUCAUGGAGUACGGAGUGUAGAAGAUGAAUUGCUCGUGAAGCUCUUUGAUGAUAUGAAAAAACAUUCAUUAAAACAAUUACUCGAUUCAAGUGUAAUGGUAACAAUUAAUUCCGAUGAUCCGACUUACUUUGGUGGUUAUCUGAAUGCAAAUUACCUUGCCGUUACGGAUGCAUUUCAUCUGGAUCAGAAGAAUAUUUACAAAAUUAUACGUAACGAUAUAAUUCAAACCAGUAUGGGAGGAUUUGUUGUUUAUCCUUUCUUAUGGCAAGAACAUCCUUGGGCCAAUAGUUCGAAAUCACCAUUAACGUGUUAUAUUUGUGAUUCAAAUAUUGACGGAGCAGAGUGUCUUCAUUUAAAAUUAAAAGGAGGAGUAUCUAGUUUUAAACAGGAAUGUAAAUCAAGUGAAUAUUUCUGUAGUAAAGUUGAACAAACAAUCGAUAAUGUGCUUAGUGUAACUCGUUCAUGCCGUCUAACUGAUAAUAAAAGUUCUAUCGGAUGUUCCUCAGCAACACGAAAUAAAGCGGCAAGUAUUUAA